UGGAAAAGAAUUAGAAACAUCCUACCUAUUUUGCUUGCCUCAAAUGUUAUAAAAUUCUCUGUGAAUGUUCUUUUAUGUCUUUGUUUCCUAUCAAAGCAUGACAUUUAUGAUCUGCUUUCUUGAUUUAUAUUUACAUAUGUUUCUGGUGAACAGCUUGCAUUUACUGUUGUUGUAUACCCUUGCUUAGUUUUGGCAUACAUGGGUGAGGAUGCUUAUCUCUCCAAGAACAAAGAGGACCUUCAGAAAAGCUUCUAUAAAGCAAUCCCCGAGGUUGUAUUCUGGCCAGUUUUUAUCAUUGCAACAAUUGCAACAAUGGUUGGGAGUCGAGCAAUUAUUUCUGCCACUUUCUCAAUUAUCAGCCAGUGUAGGGCUUUGAAGUGCUUCCCACGUGUCAAGGUGGUACAUACAUCAAACCACAUUCAUGGGCAGAUCUACAUACCAGAGGCAAAUUGGAUAUUGAUGGUUUUAUGCCUUGCUGUUGUGGUUGGGUAUAGGGAUACAGACAUGAUAGGCAAUGCAUAUGGUCUUGCUGUUAUCAUUGUAAUGUUGGUUACCACCUGCUUGAUGUUUCUGGUCAUUGUCAUGGUGUGGAAGAGGAAUAUUUUAGGAGCUUUAGCAUUUGUCAUCGUUUUUGGAUCUGUGGAAUUGCUUUACUUCUCUGCAUGCCUGGCAAAAGUUCAUAAGGGGGGUUGGUUUCCUCUGAUGUUCUCGCUAAUAGUACUGUCUACAAUGUGCGUAUGGCACUAUGGUACUCUAAAGAAACAGGCGUAUGAGUCGAACAACAAGGUCAGCUUGGAUAUGCUUCUAAGCAUGGGCCCAAACCUUGGGAUAAACCGUGUUCCUGGAAUAGGCUUAAUCUACUCAAAUGUGGCCACAGGGCCUCCCCCAAUGUUUUCUCAUUUUGUCACCAACUUUCCUGCCUUUCGUUGUAUCCUUAUAUUUGUUACGGUGCAAUCACUUACAGUCCCAAAAGUUCCUGCCAAUCUGCGCUUUGUUAUCAGUCGCAUUGGCCCACCCGACUUCCGUCUCUUUCAAUGUGUUGUUAGAUAUGGUUACAAGGAUCAAAGGAAGGAUAGUCAUGAUUUUGAGAAUCAUCUGAUUGAAAACGUAACAGAGUUUUUACAGGGUGGCAACAAUGAUAGUGAAGAAUUAGGUUGGGAACCUGUAAAUCAGCAGCAAUCAAUCCCACCCGACCAUGUUACUGCUUUGAGUCUUCAGCGUGGUGUUAAUACUGGGUCGAGCAAGAAAACAGUGAGAUUUCGUGGUGUGGGAUGUAGCAAGGAAUUGGAAGAUCUGAAAGAGGCAAGGGAAUCCGGUCUGGCAUACAUGAUGGGUAGCACUUGUGUUUUGGCAUGCGACACAUCUUCAUAUUUGAAGAAAUUUGCCAUAAACUUCGUCUACGGGUUCUUGAGACAGAACUGUAGGCACCCGGCCACAGCCCUCGGGAUUCCACACACCUCUCUGAUCGAAGUGGGAAUGAUUUAUUCUGAAUAGAUCUCGACACAGUUUUAAACAAGGCUAUACCUAUAUAGUUUUAACAGAGAGGUUGACAAUUCAUUGAGAUGGUAAGGAUCUGCUGGUGCAACGAAGAGUCUGCAAGCUGCAAAUAAUCAAACUGCCUGCCUGAGUUGUAACACUGUUUUGUAAUCAAGGCAUGUAAAUUUAGACUUUCUUACAGUUUUUACUCUGGUUUGGAGGUUUUUACA